AAGCCAAGCGAGUUCUGUGUUUACAGCAUAAUUUUCACCACAAAACAGGUGAAACCAAUUGAAGCGCAAUCGGGGGCAACUUCCGGUCCGGCAGGCAGCGGUGACGACGGCGACGACGACGGAAUUCGCAUCGGCAAUGCAAACUGUGGGCGAUGUGCCAACGAAUAAUCCCGCUACCUACUGCCGGUUGUGUUUUUCGCAGACGAAAGUAGUGCCGAUUUUUCCGCUUGGGACACACAACCACAACCAGAAGCUGAUCCAGCAGGUCUACCAGUGGACCGGGGUUCAGAUUAGCUACCAGGAGGACUUUACCUGUGCCAUCUGCUGGAAAUGCACGCUUACCUUGGAGGAGUUUCAGCGUUUUUGUGAUCGUUGCCGGAAGAGUGACUGGGUGAUUAAGCAGAAGCGUUCGGAGGGAAACGGAAGGAAGGAUCAUCCUCCGGCGGGGCAGCAACAGCAGCAGCAGCAAACGAACCACGAAAACAACGCUCCCAACCAGAUGGACGACCGGCGAUUUGGGUACCCGCUGUACCCGUUGAUGCAACCGGCGCUCGGGUACGAGUUCCGGUUGACGAACGUAGAUCCCCGCGACCGGUCACACGCGGCCACCGACCCGACCCGGGCCAUGGUCCGCAGCCAUAACGAAGCGACCGCCGGUCACGUGACCAAAACCGAGUCCCGGAUAGACAUUGACACCGAGUUCAAGCACGUUCUGCCCGUGGAACGCCUGCCGGAAGAGCUGGUCAACAUGCUGGAUCUGCCGGCGACCUCUUCCAAGCGCCAGCACCACUCGAGCAACGGAACAACCAACUCCGCCACGAUCGCCUCCAACGACGGUUCGACGCCCCCGAAAGUGCGCAGCACCCAGUAUCAAAAGAUCGUCGAAUCCGGCGGCGUCAAAUGCCCCAUCUGUAAAAAGCCCUACACGACGGACAAAAAUCUCAAAAAGCACCUCCGUCUGCACACCCUCUCGCUCCCGUUCAGCUGCGUCGAGUGCGGGGCCAAGUUCAGCGAACGGCGCGACUACCAGAAGCACCAGGAGCGCUUUCACGGCCCGAACGCGACUGCCUCCGUGUCGGAGAUCUUUCACUGCGAGUUUUGCUCGCGCGUCUUCACCCGGCAGCGUGACCUCACCAAACAUCUGCGCCUCUUCCACGAACCGCCCGAGGACAUCAAGAUGUGAGACCAGCUGAACGUGACGGCCGUCGAGUCCGGCACGGUGGCGGCUGCGUCGCUUCGUGGCAAGAAACGGAAGUAGACGAUCGCGGCCGGCGGCGACGGAUUUUGUGCAAUCAGAGGGCGAUUUUUUUAAAAAGGGAAUUUGAAACUAUUAUUUCCAUUGCAGUUUUCAACCUCAUAGAUUGGUUGAGAUAUUUUUUUAAGAUUUCGAAAUCGCUUCAAACGGAAAUUGCAACGUAUUAUUAUGUUUUAUGAUCGUGGAUACAAAAUGACACACAAUUUACAAGCAAUCGUGCCUCCAUUGACAACAUCCGUCUGCUCUGGAGCGAUUCCCCGGUGGUCUCUGUAUCAUUGAAUGAUUUGAAGUUCGAAUUAAUUGUAGGCAAACUGUCUGUACAACACCCUAUUGUUUAAAUAAAAACUACAUCAGUAAAAACUUUCUGAGUGAUAA